GCGCGGUUGAAACGAAAGCUUGCACAGAAGAGCGAUCCUGUUUCUCAUAACUUGAUCGUCAUCUUCACCGUUAUAAAAGAUGGCAGCGAAAGGAAAGUGCAUAUGUCAAAUAUGCACAUGUGGGUGAGUAUAUCUACGUUAAUUUUAUCCGGUAUGAAUCCAAGUGUUUUCUUUUUAACACUUUUCAUAAACUCUACAAACAUUUUCAGUCGCCAUCGCUGCCCACACAACCGAGAGAAUCGCAGUCAGCAAGUUGUUAAAGCGGCAUGUGUGUUGACAGAAUAUCAGUUGGCUUUUAAGCAACAUGACUAUCAGCCCCCACGUGAAAGCCUUAGACCAAAAAUUAGAAUGUAUGAUUCCAAACGAAGUCCCAGAGAAAUGGCCACCACAUAUACUGAGACUUAUGUUCCUCAUGAAGUCAAUCGACGCUACGUUGCCCCAAAGAAGGAGUAUGUUCCAGCUCAAGGGGAAGUCAACCUACACACAACAUACGAGAAGGAAUUCACCCCCAAGCAAGGGAAGCGAGCUCUCCCCUACAAACCCAAGAAUGAGCGUGAACUUGAGCCGCCACCUUUCAACAGCAAGACGGUCUAUCAGACUGCAUACCUUGAGAUUGACAAGGAUGAGGCUCAGAAAUCUCGUUCCAAACCCAUGAAACACAAUGAAUGCAUCGUGAAAAGUGAUGAAAAGUUCUUCGCAGUCUCAACUGUACAGGAUGAUUACAAGCAGCACGAGGCUGUUGAGCGAAGAAAGCCUAUUAAACCUGCUGAACGUGAGCCAGAGGCCCGUGACGACAAGUUCGUUGAUGUUACCACAUACAAGGCGGAAUUCAUCAGGAAAUCUCCAGACCCAGUAGUCGCUAAGCGUCCCAAAGACCACAAGAUAGCCGAAGAUGGCAAGUACAACACCAUUUCCACUGUGAUGGCCGACUACCAAGCUCACAAGACGUACAAGCGGGAAGCCUCAUUCAAACCACCCCAGGAGUACGUGGUGUCCACUGCGCUGUUCGACAGCCGUACCACGAAGUCCAUGGCGUACAAACAAUGGCCAAUACAGCCAAAAGAGAUCAAGCCUUGGAUGAAGAAACCACAGUACGAGCCCAGUUCACUCGUGUUUACCAAGACCAGCUCCUACCAGGACGAUUUUACCGUCCCAGAAACGCUGGAGCGAGUGAAACCAAUCCGUCCAGUUCAGAACGACCUGCACUAUUUGGGAAGCGGAGACAGCAGGGCUCCGUUUUCUUGCAAAACUCACUACCGAGAAGAGUUUUUGGAAUGGGAAAAAGUCCUGAGACCAGCGUCAUAUAAAGUCGUCAACAAAUAUCAGCCACCUGAGGAAAAGUGGCACGCGGAGUCCAUCAUGAAAAGCCACUAUCAAGGCAUUUACACCCCACCAGCGCAAAUCUGUGAACCUCCAAAGAACAACUGGGCAGACAUCUCUCCACGCGCCCGCAUGUUAUCUACCUCCAUCUACGGCGAGACUUUCCGAGGAGAAAGACCCAAAAGCUGUCCAGCAAAACUUCUUGCCAAAGAAAUGGAUAGUGCAUACACAUAUCUUCGCGAAAAGAGAGGACACAGGUUCUUUGCAAAGAACCCAUCCAAGAGCUCUGUGGAGUCUUCUAAAUCUAAUAAAGAUGUGGCACCUACCGCCGCCGGAUCAGAGGCCGAGGCCGUCAAAACGCCAAAGGAAAACGAGAAGCCCCAGACUCCACGCGUAGAAACCCCACGAUCCCCUUCUCAUGCAACCCAGACGCUUCAGGUGGAAACCCCAAGACGCCCUACCUCAACUGAUAGUGCCCAGAAAUCUGAAGAAAAAGUCACCAACCCACCAAGCUCUCCAAAGGCGUCUGCAGAACCCGAAAAAUAA